AUGAGCUCUUUAAACUCCAGUUUAAUGGAAAAUUUGUCGUUUGUGCAUCCUGAGUACUUUUAUAUCAGUGGAUUUACUGGAAUUCCCUUUAUCAAUUAUUAUUUUAUCUUUUUAAUUUUUACCUACAUCAUUGCCGUGUUCGGGAACUCAUUCGUUGCUGUUAUAAUACUGACUGACCGGAGUCUCCAUGUUCCUAAAUACUUAGGAAUAUUUAAUCUGGCUUUAGCAGAUAUUGGAGAAACUAAUGCUCUGAUUCCUGCUCUUAUUAAAACUUUUUUUGUGGAUUCUCAGUACAUUUCUUAUGACGCCUGUUUGGUCAACAUGUUUUUUGUGUUUUUCUUCAGCAGUGUUCAGGCUUUAACUCUGGUAGUUUUGGCGUAUGAUCGAUUUAUUGCUAUUUGUUUGCCGUUAAGAUAUUACAUGAUUGUGAAUAAUUAUUUUAUGUCUGUAGUUUUAAUAGGAGUUUGGUCAGUUUGCUCUGCUUUUAAUGGAACAACAGUGGCUUUAAUCACUCGACUUUCAUUCUGUAAAUCUAAUGUAGUUAAAAGCUAUUUUUGUGAUUAUGGACCAGUUUAUUCUCUCGCCUGUAAUGAUAAAACUAUAAACUCAGUUAUGGCCAAACUUUGUUCAACACUAUUCAUCUAUAUCCCUUUAAUUUUUAUUGUUUUAUCAUAUUUAGGUAUUUUUAUGGCUUUAAGUAAGAUUACAACCUGGGCUGGACGACUUAAAGCACUGAAAACCUGCGUCUCUCAUCUUUUAGCAGUGGGAGUAUUUUUCCUCCCUAUAAUAAUCACAUAUUUUGCCACAUAUGUUUCUAUGUCUUUGUCUCCUAAUGCUAGAAUAAUCAAUACAUCACUAUCAAGUGCUAUUCCAUCAAUGCUAAAUCCUGUUAUUUAUGUCUUAAACACAAAGGAAUUUAAAGUUUAUCUAAUGAAAAUGAUUAAAAAGAGAUCCAGUGUAAAGCCUCAGGUUUUAGCAAAGUGUCAACUAACAGUUUAACCAUUUCCUUUUAACCUCUUCCUGUCCUAGUUCCAGCUAAAUCACCCUGUAGUUUCCUUCGCUUAUAGACAUACACAGCUGAGACAAUUAUGGGCUGGAUAUAUAGAUAAAUACUUCAUGAAAUUGCUGUAUUUAUAAUGCAUUAUAUCACAUGCCAAA